GGCAGGUGUUGAAAUAUGACCAGACAGCAGGAUAUAAAGCUUCAUGGAGGAAGGGAGACUUCCCCGCAACUCUGCCGUCUGUUCUUCAGCUCCAGCAUCAUGGUCCUGCAGCCUGGGAAAUGGACUCUAAUCCUGGUUCUGUGUUGUCUGUUUACUCACCAGCUGGAAGGCGCUUGUCUCAUCAACCCAUCCGUCAGGGCAGCCGUCAGACUCCCAAGGAUGACGCCAUUUUGGAGGGGCCUGUCUUUGCGCCCAUUUGGCUUCUCGUGCAGAGAUGCUUCAGAGUGCCUAACCAGGUUGUGCAGUAACAGUCGCUGCUCACUGAAGACCUUUAGAGAUUAAUGGCUCAUUGGCUUUUAAUGAUGUAAGAAUACACAUUCUUUGAGACCGGCGAUCGUAGACAAUGGUAUUUAUUCUUAGGAGAAUUUGCUGCAAUGUUUUGUAUUUAUUCAUUUGUAAUAUACGAUUUUCAAUGUC